CACAUGCGCAGUCUGGGGCCACGGUAAAAGAAAACUACGAGAAUACAUUUAGCGUGUUUCCUACGUUUCAGAGGCGCGUAGCAAGAGCUUCUCUGAAAGACUGGCAGUAUAGUAGUAGUCAGUGAUAAUAUUGAGCCUUAAUAUGUUCCAGACACUGUCCUAAGUGAUUUACCUUACAUUAUUCCCCUGAAUGUUUAUAAUUCCCAAGUGAAAGAAGGAAAUGAUAUAUUGGAUAGCUAUGAGUGGGGAGGUUUGUACUGGCUGCUUUCCCAUAAAGAAAUUAAGCACGUUCACGAAGGGCACGUAGUUUGUUAGUGUCUGGAACCCAGUUUUCGUGCCUGAAGUUCAAAUGUUCUUGCUACACCACCAUAGAAACUAACGUCACUCAGGAACCAUUUGUCAGGGCAAAGGGUGCCACCAUUUUGCAUUUCCUCCUGCCUUAGGACCAUCCUAAAUCACUCGCAUGGAGUGUUUUGGAAGAACUCUCAAGAGCUUCGUUUGCCUAGAGUCAGAAUUCCUAACCUUGAGUCCUGGUUUUGCCACAAACCCAAGCCGUUUGAUCUUGGGCAACUCCCGAAGAAAGCUGGGUUCAACUUCCUCACUGUCAAACUGGUUGUAGGUCUAGAUAAGUUUCAAGUACUCUUUUUAUGUCCAUAGUCUCUGACAUAGGAAGACUACAUACUGGGCCAGUAACAGGAAGGCACAAAGCUGACUGAAGAUUUAAAAAUUACUUGGUCAAUUUGAUUAAUGAGGAGAAUGAAUCAGAAAAUUUCAAGUUCUCCCGUGGCUAGCUGUCGAGUAUCCACUUCAAGAUCAUUCCAUCGGAAAGAGGUCGAAAAUGUACAGUAGGCAUGCACAAAGGAUACCGCCUGGAAAGCAGGUAAAACUGGAAAACAGGAGGGAGGCGGGGCCCAAUUUUGGCUUCUCCUUCCAUCUCCGCCCCUCGAACGCCGGCCUGCGAGUGACGUCACGCGAGACUUGUACUUCCGCUUCCGGUAACUCACGUUUCUCUUUCUUCCUGUCUGCUUGGAAAGAUGGCGUCCCGCAAGGAAGGUACCGGCUCUACUGCCACCUCUUCCAGCUCCACCGCCGGCGCAGCAGGGAAAGGCAAAGGCAAAGGCGGCUCGGGAGAUUCAGCCGUGAAGCAAGUGCAGAUAGAUGGCCUUGUGGUAUUAAAGAUAAUCAAACAUUAUCAAGAAGAAGGACAAGGAACUGAAGUUGUUCAAGGAGUGCUUUUGGGUCUGGUUGUAGAAGAUCGGCUUGAAAUUACCAACUGCUUUCCUUUCCCUCAGCACACAGAGGAUGAUGCUGACUUUGAUGAAGUCCAAUAUCAGAUGGAAAUGAUGCGGAGCCUUCGCCAUGUAAACAUUGAUCAUCUUCACGUGGGCUGGUAUCAGUCCACAUACUAUGGCUCAUUCGUUACCCGGGCGCUCCUGGACUCUCAGUUUAGUUACCAGCAUGCCAUUGAAGAAUCUGUCGUUCUCAUUUAUGAUCCCAUAAAAACUGCCCAAGGAUCUCUCUCACUAAAGGCAUACAGACUGACUCCUAAACUGAUGGAAGUUUGUAAAGAAAAGGAUUUUUCCCCUGAAGCAUUGAAAAAAGCAAAUAUCACCUUUGAGUACAUGUUUGAAGAAGUGCCGAUUGUAAUUAAAAAUUCACAUCUGAUCAAUGUCCUAAUGUGGGAACUUGAAAAGAAGUCAGCUGUUGCAGAUAAACAUGAAUUGCUCAGCCUUGCCAGCAGCAAUCAUUUGGGGAAGAAUCUACAGUUGCUGAUGGACAGAGUGGAUGAAAUGAGCCAAGAUAUAGUUAAAUACAACACAUACAUGAGGAAUACUAGUAAACAACAGCAGCAGAAACAUCAGUAUCAGCAGCGUCGCCAGCAGGAGAAUAUGCAGCGCCAGAGCCGAGGAGAACCCCCACUCCCUGAGGAGGACCUGUCCAAACUCUUCAAACCACCACAGCCGCCUGCCAGGAUGGACUCGCUGCUCAUUGCAGGCCAGAUAAACACUUACUGCCAGAACAUCAAGGAGUUCACUGCCCAAAACUUAGGCAAGCUCUUCAUGGCCCAGGCUCUUCAAGAAUACAACAACUAAGAAAAGGAAGUUUCCAGAAAAGAAGUUAACAUGAACUCUUGAAGUCACACCAGGGCAACUCUUGGAAGAAACAUAUUUGCAUAUUGAAAAGCACAGAGGAUUUCUUUAGUGUCAUUGCCGAUUUUGGCUAUAACAGUGUCUUUCUAGCCAUAAUAAAAUAAAACAAAAUCUUGA